GGCCGGUCCUGGGGCAGAAGCAGCUGAAACCGGUUUAGAUUCGGAGAGAUCCUGGAACCGAGAUCAGAGCUGGAGCUGCGGGCAGACCGGGUCCAUUGGUAGCGGCUCAGAAACAAAUAUAAUGGAAGAUGAGGUGUUGUAAAGCAAAGAGUAUUCUCUCUGACCCGGAGCUUGGGACCAGGAUCUGAAUCAGAAUCGGUUCCAGAUCCAGGCGCCGAAUCAACACAAAACUAAUCUCAGGAACUUGGACUUAAUCUCAGCUCAGGGACUGAUCCCAGGACACAGAGGACUGGAUCCCAAGAUCACUCACUGAUCCCAGGACACAGUGGACUGGAUCCCAAGAUCACUCACUGAUCCCAGGACACAGAGGACUGGACCCUAAGAUCACUCACUGAUCCCAGGACACAGAAGACUGGAUCCCAAGAUCACCCACUGAUCCCAGGACACAGAGGACUGGAUCCCAAGAUCACUCACUGAUCCCAGGACACAGAGGACUGGACCCUAAGAUCACCCACUGAUCCCAGGACACCGAGGACUAGAUCCUAAGAUCAGGAACUGAUCCCAGGACACAGAGGACUGGAUCCUAAGAUCACUCACUGAUCCCAAGACACAGAGGACUGGACCCUAAGAUCACCCACUGAUCCCAGGACACCGAGGACUAGAUCCUAAGAUCAGGAACUGAUCCUCAGGUUGCACACUGAACCCAGGAGGAGGUCCAGUCCUGGGCACCAGAGUUGAGGUCGUUAAUCCAGGAUUGGGCAAGGAGGAAGAAACAGAAGAUGGAAGUUUAUUUGUGUCAUCCUGUACUGAAAGCUUUCAUGUGUGGCUCUCUGAGUGGGACCUGCUCGACGCUGCUCUUCCAGCCGCUUGACCUGGUGAAGACUCGUCUCCAGACUGUGCAGGGUUCACUGAAUGGAUCGGGGCGAGUUGGAAUGAUUACCAUAUUGCUGAAUGUUAUUCGCACUGAACGAAUUAUUGGAUUAUGGAAAGGAGUCUCUCCGUCGUUUGUCCGUUGCAUUCCUGGAGUUGGGAUUUACUUCAGUAUGCUGUAUUCGAUGAAGCAACAGUUCUUCAGCGAGAGAAGCCCUACGGCGCUGGAGUCGGUGGGUUUGGGUGCCAGCGCUCGUACAGUGGCGGGCAUCUGCAUGUUGCCCGUGACCGUGGUGAAGACUCGAUAUGAGAGCGGCAAGUAUCGGUACGAAAGUGUGUUUGGUGCUUUGAGAAAUAUCUACAAGACGGAGGGCACAAGAGCACUGUUCAGCGGACUAACGGCUACACUCCUUCGUGAUGCUCCCUUCUCUGGGGUUUACCUGAUGUUUUAUACACAGACCAAGAAAGCGUUACCUGAAGAGCGGUUCGACACACCACUUGUCCCUCUGAUCAACUUCAGUUGUGGCAUCUUUGCUGGCAUUCUAGCAUCUGUGGUGACACAGCCAGCUGAUGUUAUUAAAACGCAUAUGCAGCUCUCUCCCCAAAAGUACCGACGUGUCAGACAUACCAUCGUAUUUAUAUUUGAGAACCAUGGCAUUGUGGGCUUUUUCCGGGGUGCUGUUCCUCGGUCAUUGCGUCGAUCACUAAUGGCUGCCAUGGCCUGGACAGUUUAUGAACAGAUGAUGACCAAGUUGGGCCUGAAGUCAUGAAAUCUUAAGCUGAUAUAUGAAGGACUGUUUGACAAUGGAGCAGAGGAUCUUCCUGUCAGUUGAAAAUGUCGCUACUCGAGACUUCAGUGGAACUGGAGUCUUUGAAAGUGAACAGUGGUUCCUUUUAUUUUGGUUUAAAAUAAGUUGCAUCGUAGCAGAGUGGAGUUUACACUGUUUGAAUCUGUGCCAAAGAGCACCUGGUAAAUGUAUGCACAGAUAAAUGUAUUCUGUAACCUCUUGACCUCUGUACUGUUCACUGAGGUUAUAUAACAGGCAAAUGAAACGUGUUUAUAAGGUUGGGCCCAAGUCUGACCUUUUUCCCGAUUAGUUGGCACUUUUCCCUGGAAACUAAACAUGAGUCAGUGUUUAUUAAAAUACUCCAACCAUAAUUUCUUAACAGGAGCUGAGCAUCUCUCCUGAUGUUAUAUUGAGGGUGAUGUCCAGUUAAUUGAUGGACUGGAGAAAAUUAUUGUUAGCCCCCUUUAGUACAAGGUUCAAGAACCCAGAGCUGCCCAUAUCAGUUAAUCUGUCGUCACCUUCACAACCUGAAACACAUUCGCUCACAUGUCCUGAAAGGAAAGGAUGAAUACAGCACCCUUUGCCAUGCUGUAUGAGCAAGGAAUUCGCUUAUCUAUGCAGGUUCAAAGUAGGGGGUUUCUGCAAUUAGUCUGAGCAUCUAUUUGGAUAUUGAGUCAAAUUCUCCCCUGAUCCAGGCACGUGGGUUUCAGCAAAUAGCAGGAGUGGCUGUGAUGCUAUCCUAAGUUUUAAUGGCCAGUCAGUAUUCAACCUUCCAAAUCACCAGGCUUUUUGGGAUUCCAGUAACCCCAGGAGGAUUUUACCACAGUGCAGCCACAUUCAUGUUAAAAUCAAAUGAUUGCUGGAUUAUAUAAAAAAAAACUACCUUGAUCUCCAUAUUCUGUGACAGAGAUCCCACUAAAUUUUCUAGACGAUUAUCCGUGCAGCUGCAACCACAUGCAGUUUAUCAGAAACAUGGCUGUCUAGGAAAGUUAAAAUUGAUGACAACUUUUCUGAGAGGAAGGUUUGAAUUAUAAUUAUUUCUUUGAGUAUGAUUCACACAAAGUUAGUGAAUUUUGGAGUAUUCUGAAAUCUACCGGGUUAAGCUAUAAAGGUUUCAGUUUGAUGUAGAUUGGAAAUUUCUACUGACUCAGGAAUCUGCUUUACCCAGGCUUGGUGCCAACAAAGGGAAGGGUGGGUUUGAUAUUGGCACUGUGGCACCACUCUGAUUUUUGACCUAGUUUUGGGAGUAACCAGAUUUAAGAACUACAGAUCCCCUUACAGCUGAGAUCUCCCAGCUGAGCACUGCAUUGUGGCCAGAACUCAGUAUGUAGAAAAAUGAACAACUCUUGAUUUUUACUUAUAUUUCUUGCCCCAUUAGUGAACCUAUGAAUCUGAAUUUUUGGCACGACAUGUCUCAAUGCUGAUACUUGAUUUUAUUUUUAAGAGGGCAGGGGAUAAAUCCUAAAUCCAAAAGUCAUAGUUGUAGAAGCUGUGAUGGGAAAAAUUGGAUUUAAACUUUUUUUCCAUGGAUCGUGAAGUUCAGGGUGCAACUUGAAGACUCAUUUGUAAAAAAAAAAGCUUGAUUCACCAAAGAUUUUGAUGCUUUUGGAUUCUUCAUAAAUACUGCCUAUGAAGUUCAUUCCCCCCUUAGAUAUUGUAUUGGAUUGGAGCUGGAAUCUUAGGUUUGUUGUGGGGGAUCUUUAGAUUUUCUAAUCCUUUUUAUUGCAGUUGUUGCACCCACUCCCUCUUGCCAACAGAUUCAGCUACCCACCCACAUAUUGUGCUGAAACUGUGAGAUUAGUAAGCUGCGAGAAUGAAACUGAAUUCUCCAUUCAGUGCCAUGACACAUACUAAUGAUUGUUCAUACACUCCUCAAACAUAUUUCUCCCUCUAUCAUUUGUUUCUAUAAUUCUCAUAUUAAAUGCUAAUAUUUUAAUAAUAGAAUAACAAUAAUUGGUUUACAAAUAUAGAAUGUGCAAUAUGUUUCUCUGGGCCAAUACAGAAAUCUGUAUGAAUUGUUUAAUGCUAAUGGAUGAAAGUUGGGAGGCACAUUGCCAUUUUCAUAGUAUUGGAUUUUUGAAGGAGAACUUGGUCUUUUUCAAGCCUCUGUUCUGCUCACCUCCUUAUUUAGAUGAAACCUAAUGCUCACAGCCCUUACUGCCUUUCUUCAAAUACCACCAGUGAAAUACCACCAGUCAGACACAAGGACAAUAGAACAUUGAGUGUCCUUGAGCAGAGAGGGAAUUGGCAGCAUGGUGGCUCAGUGGUUAGCACAGCUACCUCACAGCACCAGGGACCGGGUUCGAUUCCCGCCUUGGGCAACUGUCUGUGUGGAAUUUGCGCAUUCUCCCAGUGUCUGCGUGGGUUUCCUCAGGGUGCUCCAGUUUCUUCCCACAAUCCAAAGAUGUGCAGGUCAGGUGAAUUGCCCAUGCCAAAUUGCCAAUAGUGAUAGGUGUGUUAGUUGGGGUAAAUAUAGGCUAGGGGACUGGGUCUGGGUGGGUUACUCUUUGGAGUGUCGGUGUGGACUAGUUGGGCCAAAGGGUCUGUUUCCAUACUGUAGGGAAUCUAAUCUAACUGCAAACAGUGUCUGUUCAUAAUCCCCUUUACUGUUACCCAGAAUGACAUUAGAUAGAGCAUUGCCAAACCAUCCCUGCUUAACAUUGUUCCAUAGUCUGGAGAACAGUUUAUAUUGGACUGGGUGGGAGAGGUAAGAGAUCAGCAUUGAUUCCUGUAGCUGCAGGCAGUUUAGUUCAAUUUGCUAAUCUCUCUGUCUUGUUAGGUAAAUGCACGAUGUUGCACAAGGCAGGGCAUUCCAAAGUUCAUUCUCUCAGCUGGGGCCAGUAAAGGGAUGGAAGUCAGAGUCCAGUGCUGAUAGCAGUCAGAUAAACUUGCUGGAAAGUGCAACUCUGUGUGUCAGCUUGGAUUUGUUUGUGCUGAUUUGAGGCUUCCAGCAUUCACCAGCCUAGCUAACUCUUGAAUAAUUGUCUUUUGGAUAUGAAAUGUGAAGGCUUUUAGAGAUGGAGUCUCAGUAUGAGUUGGGAGAGGGACGGAGAGAAUAUUGAUCUAAAAGGGUGUAGUGUAUAUAUUGCAGGGUGAUUGUGCAAGGUGGGACAUGAGCUUGAUUUUUGUUUAAAUCCUCUGUUCUCCUAAGGGACAUGUCAUGCUAGCAUCAUUCUAGUUGCCCUUUAGCCAACUAGGGAGAAGAUGUCAUGAAGUGGACUCCUUGUUUUUUCUCCCACCCCCUCUUCCUCUGUGGGAAAGGAUACCCUAGGGUGGCCCAGCACCCAGAACAAAAGAAUAAUGAUUUUGUACUAUCUGUAUUUUCUGCCACAAUAUUUAGAAUAGACAGGCAGGAGGCUGGAGCAGCACAACAAGCUAGGUAGCAUCAGGAGGUGGAGAAGUCAACUUUUCGGGUGUAACCCUUCUUCAGGACUGAAAAUUUAGAAUGCAUUUCUGCAAAGCCAGGCCUUCUGAUUGCUGUCAGUCAAUACAUCAGUUUGAUUCAGUACUAGGAAUGGUAAUGAGCAAAACUGAAAUUUCCCUUAAAAAUGUUCUUUCCUGAAAAUUCUUCUGCGCUGGACUUGCCUCUGCUGUCGGCCAUUUCUUAAGAAAUACAGCUGCAUUACGAGUCCUCAUUUUAUUGGGAUCUCAACUGGUUUGUGGGGAAACCUUGCAGAGUUUUAUUUAAGAUCAGUCUCCAUUGGAUUGGCUGAGUGAUCAUAUGCUGAAUAAUAUGCACUUUUCAUAAAGAGUGUCAAAAUGGAGCAUUUCCUGUAUUGAUAUUAAUUGAAUUGAAUGUGAAAGUUUGAAAUGGUGCUCAAAUUCAUGUUAUUGACCCAACUAAAACCUUGUAACUCAAAUUUAUUUAAUCGGGAUCAAUAAAAUGUGCUUUGUUUUAAA